AUGUCUGAUGAGAAUAAGGAUAAAUUAAAGCGGUUUUUAGUAGAACUACCUUCACAAUUAGAAUUUACAAAUUCAUCAUCAAUUCAAUCAUAUUUAUAUAAAAUUUUAUAUUUUACAUCUACAAGUAAUGGCAAAUAUUUAAACAAUUUAUUUCCUGGAUUUCCUAGUUUUACAACAAAUGAUGAAAAUCUUAUUAAUAAUCUCAAAAAUCAAGAUUUUAAUAUUACAACAUUGGAUGAAUUAAGUAGAUUUUAUUAUCAAGAAAAAAGACAUUCUAAUUAUUCACAUCCUCAAAAAAAACCAUGUGCAAGAUUAUUUAAAUCCGGUGAUGCAGUUUAUAGAUGUGAAGAUUGUGGAUUUGAUGAUACUUGUGUCUUAUGUUCAUUUUGUUUUAAUCCUCAAGAUCAUAUAGAUCAUAAUGUUUCAAUGUAUACGUCACAAGGUCUUUCUGGUGGAGUUUGUGAUUGUGGAGAUCCUGAAGCUUUCAUAAAUCCUUUACAUUGUAAAUGUGCAACUACUACAAAAAAAGAAGAUGAAAAUAUGGAUUUUGUAUUUGAAAGUUUAUAUCAGACUAUUAAAAUUUGUCUAAAAUAUAUUUUAGAUGUUACGAAUUCAACUGUUUCAACGUUACCAUUAAUUCACAGUGUUUUGAAAAGAUCAGAUACAACACUAGAUGCAAAAACCUUAUCUAAUUAUUUUUCAUUACCAUUUGGUCAUUAUGGAGGAGCAAGAGAUGACAAUUCAGCAGAUAAAUGGUAUUUGAUACUAUGGAAUGAUGAAUUUCAUGAUUUAGGACAAGCUGUGAGAUCAAUAAAGUUAGGUACUGGAUUCAAUGAUCCAAAAGCAACUGGAGUUGCUCAAAAAAUAGAUAAAGAAGGUUAUUGUAUACUCAAAGAAGGUAAAUCAGUCAAUGAAUUAUUAUCAUCAAAAUUCUAUGUUGAACAAGAUGGUUUAAUAGCAACAAUAGUAUCAGCUCGUGAUUUUCAAAGAGAAAUUAUUGUUAAAAACAUUUUCCUUUGGUUUGAAGAUAUAUUAAAUUCAACAAAUGAAUCUUUUAAAAAUUUAAGUAGAGAUGCUUUAACCCUGUUAUUAAUUGAUAGAGAUUUUACUUUUUCAAAAGUAUUUCCAGCAGAAUUUAUAGCAAGUAUAUCAAUGGUUUCAGAAACUAAAGAAAUUGGAUGUUAUAACAAUGGAAUCCCUCAAGAUGGUAAAUUUGUCAACUUAUCAGGUUUACCAAGAACAGAACCACUUUCAAGAUUUCAAAUACUAAUAUUAUAUCAAAUUAGAUUCCCUAAAAGUGUUCGAAAAAAAUUGGUAUCAAUACUUAUACCCAUCUUAGUAUCAAAUGUAGAAUUAAAACUGGAAUUUGCAAAACAAUUUACUGAAUUAUAUCCAUCAUUACUAGCAAUUUAUACAAGUUCAGAUCGUGAAGAUCAUUUAAAUUUGAUUAGUGAAAUUACUUCUCAAUUGUAUACUUGUCCAUUAACUAUGAAAGUAUUAUUACAAGAUUUGGGUGGGAAGUAUAUUUUAAAUGGAUUAACAAAUGUUAUACGAGAUCAUUGUUCUACUUGUGAUGUUGAAGGUCAUUAUUUAUUUGAAGACCUUGGUGAAGACACCCAAAGAGAAAGAAGAGUUAAAAGAGCAGUUAUGAGGGGUAUUCAUGAUUUAGAACAUUUUACUUCGAAAAAUUUAGAUUUGAGUUCUUACAUGAAUCAAGAUAAUUUACCGUCUUUAUUAAAUUUUUUGAACUUAUUCCAGGGGUACUUACCAUUUACAAGAAAAAGUGGAGAUCAUGUUGAACAUGAACUGAUGCACUUUAGGUAUCAUUCUGCAUUUUCAAUACCUAUUUUAUCAGCUGCUAGAAAUAUUGCAAAUAGUUCAUGCACCAAAAGUGAAAGAAGUAAUGCCAUUACAUCAAUACUAUCCGACUUAAAUUCCACGUUGACAAAAGUCAGUGAGUCAUCAAACGCUUUUGUUCAUGCAUUAACUACAUUUUUAUCAUAUUUACUACAACAUGGUGUACCUUCAACUGUUGACAAGAACAAAUUAUUAAUUGCCACUGAAACCUCACUUCGUACAAUAGUUUUAGCCUCACAAAUAAAAGUUGGUUUUUGGAUUAGAAAUGGAUAUUCGGUAUCAAGACAAGCAUCAAUGUACUUUGGAUCUGAUAUGUCAGAGUUUACUUAUUCACAAGACUUUUAUCUACAACAACUUUCUACACUUCUUGGAAAUCCAAAUGAUUUAGUUCAUAGAUUUAUCAAAGUUUGGGAAUUUGAUGAUUGGUUUACACAUGAUAAAGAAACAGUAUAUGAAGAUAGAUUUUAUUCAAUGGUUGAAAGAUUUGUUUCUUUUACAUAUAACUUAUUGACAGAUCGAUCAGCAUUUACUAAAUUACCAACAAGAGAUAAAGCUUUAAGAGAAGCCAAAAAAAAUAUGGCGUAUUAUUUAUGUGAAAAUGCAAGAAGAUAUUCCGUUAUAAAAUCAAAGUUUGAUCCGGAAGUUGCUUCAUUAGCUGAAUUUGAUGAAAUAUUAUAUGAAAUUGCAGAUUAUCAACCACCUUCUACUUUAUUAGAUACUGGAUUAUACAGAUUAAAAGAAAGUGUAAGUUUGGAAUUAGAUCCUAUAAGUUUAUUUUUAGAUCCUUCAAAAUUUCAAGUUAUUUCAGAUGUUUUAAUUAAAAAUACUUCCAAACUGAAAAAGAUUAAAGAAGAUGAAGUAAUUUUAAAACCAAUUAUAAUACCUUCCAAUGACGAUUCCGUGAAUCGAAAAAUUGGAGAAUUUGCUAAAACCACAAUUUUUUUCAAAUUAAUUUAUAAACUUUUACGUGUUGCAAUAGAUUCCUCAAAUGAAUCGUAUCUUCCACAACUUUUACAUUUGAUUCAUGCAAUAGUUUUAGAUGAUGAAAUCAAUUUUGGUCCAAACUAUCUAAAUCAAAAAUUUCUUGAUAUUCCAAUAUGUGAUCUUUUAUUAUCAAUAGUAGAUUCCAAAAUGUCCAAGUCAAUAGUUCGAAAAGCAGAUUAUUUAGUUGAACAAUUGAUAAAAAAAGAUGAUCAAAUUAUAGAAAAUUUAGUCAGUUGUUUCGGAGAGGAAUUUGUACAAAAAUUUAAAAAACGUAAAACUGAGAUAUUUGAAUCAAAUGAAGAAAGAGCUAAAAGAAAAGCUGAAGAACGUAAAAACAAAAUUUUGAAAAAAUAUUCAAAACGUCAAGAAAAAUUUUUGAGUAAAAAUAAAGAAUUUACAGAAGAAGUCCAUGACGAUCAUACUGAAAAUUCAAGAACUUGUGUACUUUGUGGGGAAAAAGAAAGUUCAGACAAGGCAUUUGGAAUAUUAUGUGCAACAACUGUACCUGGAAUAUUCUGGCAAUUAGAUUAUCAUAAAGUUAAUAAAAGAGAUACAGAUUUAUGGUCUCAAGAUUUAUAUGCUUACCAGGAUGAAAAUGAAUAUGGUGAAGGUUAUGAUCAUGAUAAUUUUCUGGAAGAAUGUGAAAGAACAGUAUAUUCAACAUGUGGUCAUGGAAUACAUUAUGAUUGUUUUAAAGGAGCUGGUGGUAAUAUGAAAUUUUAUCCAUGUUCAUUAUGCCAUAAUUAUUAUCAAUUUUUCAUUCCUUCCUUUGCAAAGAAUCUUGUUGAUGAGGACUCCGACCUUUUAUAUAAAACUACAAGUCUCAAUGGAGAGAAGAAACGAUUAUUACUUGAUUCAUUUAUACCUGAAAAACGUAAUGUGAAAUUAGAUAUUUAUAACAAUGUAAGUCAUGAAAAAGAACCAUAUAAAGAUUGGAUCAAUAUUUUAGCAAAUAGUAUACAAAUGAAUGAAAUGACAACUCGUUUAAAUGGUUUGGACGGUUACUCACAAUUUUUAAAACAAAUUCCAAAAUAUAGUAAAGUUUUAAUGAAGUCAUUAGUUCAAGCUAUCAUUUUGAUUCCAGAGUUAAAAUCCAAAAAAUUCUUCAAGAUAUUGGAAGGCAAUAAGGAAGUUGUAUGGAAUGGCCCCGGUGGUGAACUUAUUGAUAUUUUUAAUGAGACAAUAUAUUCUUUUUUCACUACUGAAGGAUCUUUAUCUACAAUAGUUCAAGAAAAUGUUGAAAAUUUAUUAUGGACAAUAGUUAUGUCCUACAUAGAUAUGGAUGUUGAUGCGCCAAUGGGCCUUACUAUAAGUCAUCCUGAUUUUACCAACAGCUGGAAAGAUGAUCCUUGUUUUGAGGUGUUCCAUGAGUUAUGGACCCGCUGGUUUAACAGUAAAGAAUUUGAAGAAGACAAUAAUCAUAUCCAUUGUUACUAUGUUUAUCAAAUAGCUCAACAAGUUAUUGGAAUUUAUUUAAGACAAGUGGUUAUUUUUCAAGAUGUUUUACUUUCUUUACAAGUUGGAGAUGACGUUAUUAGCAACUCAAUAUACCUGGAUAUGGAGCAAGAGAUCGAAAGCCAAAAAAAUAUAGUUGGUAUUGAACCAUUUUUCAAAGUUUUAAAAUUGACUCCUUUACAUGAUAUCAUUAGUAAAAUGAGAGCUGAACGUCCAGAUUCUGAAUUAAAAGCGUACAAAGUAAAUUUUCCAGGUCAAAUUAAAUUAACUACAUUACCAAAAGAUUAUCAACAAUGUUUAUUAUCAUUAACUGAAUUGAAUGCUGUCAACAAAGUAAAAUGUUUAUUAUGUGGUGAUUGGUUUACAACUCAAGCUUCUCAUCUGCAAAAAUGUGCAACCAAAAUAUUGGUAUUGUUCGAUCCAAAAAAGAAUAUUUUUAGAACUACUUUAUCACUUGGAACUCAUCCUAUUACUAUAGAUAUACCAGCUGCUUAUUUAACAAAACAUGGUGAACCAAAAUCUAUUAGAUAUAAAGGUAAAGCCACUUUAAAUGAAUUUAGAUUUAAAGAAUUUACUAAAUUAUGGUUAAAUCAAACAUUAUCAAGUUUUGUAACUAGGAACUUAUUUGGUCAUGCUCAUACUUUUCUUAAUGGUACACCUGCUUUUACAGUUCCAACGAAUGAUAUGAUGGAUGAAGAAGAUGAUGAUGAGGAAUGGAUGGAUGAAGAUGAAUUUAUGGUAUUUUAA